CUAGUGUUGCUAGAGAAAUUGAAUCUCCUGUAGAUCCUCAAAGAGCUCUUGACAGUUUGCUACAUGAACUUGGGGCCUUCUUCAAAGUUCUUAGCAUCCAUGGUGUUGAUCCUGAACUUAUUACUCAAGUUUAUAAACAGCUUUUCUACUUCGUAUGUGCUGGAGCACUGAACAAUUUACUAUUACGUAAAGACAUGUGCCAUUGGUCAAAGGGUAUGCAAAUAAGGUACAAUCUAAGCCAUUUAGAACAAUGGUGUAGGGAUCUACGUAUACAAUACACAGAGGUAAUAGAGACUUUGCUUCCAAUUGUACAAGCAUCGCAACUUCUGCAAGCUCGCAAAACUGAUGCAGAUGUGCAGAGUGUUUCUGAUAUGUGCGACAAGCUUACUACCUCUCAGAUUAUCAAAAUUUUAAAUCUUUAUACUCCUGCUGAUGAUUAUGAAGAACGUGUUCCUGUUUCAUUUAUACGUAAAAUGCAAGCCUGCCUCCAAAAGCGUGAUGAAGAACGUGCUGCUGCUGGUCAUGGUCCAGUGGCAGGACCCAGCACAUUGCUUAUGGACACAAAAUAUGCCUUCCCAAUUCGAUUUCCAUUCAACCCAUCCAACAUCCAGUUGGAAGAUAUUGUUAUACCUGAAAUCUUGGACUUGCAUCAUGUCCUCCGAAAAGUCUGAGGUGCCCUCCGAAAAAUUCAAGAAAUGCAUCAAGAUCAGAUAAAAUGGAUUACCCAGGGGUGAAGUUGUAAUAAAUGUAAGGAUUUUCCAAGUUCCCAUGCAAUAUUAAUUUGCACUCUUGCAUGUGAAAUUGGUUUCCUUUGUCUAGUGUUUGGUAUGGUAUCCUGUUUGCACAUAAAACAUAAUCUAGUUGUCAAUUCUUAUAAAGGAAGAAAUAUAUUUAUUUUUUUUCUCUUGUGUUCUGAUUCUAAAUUUAAUUAAUUAUCAUGGUAUGUAUGUGCCUUUAGGAAUUUAAAAUAACUAUAAUUGGAAUUAUUUAAAAUUUUCCAAACGUGUUUAAUACUUGCUUGGAAUACUUAAUCUAUCACCUCUGGGCAAUUCUACUCUUGGGAGACACUCUGGAGAGAUUUAGUUAUGAAAAGCUGCAUUUGAAGCACUAGUGCUUUCCUGGAGCAUUUAUGUCAUGACAUUGAUGCUGUAGAAUUUUUUAUUUAUUUUCUGUUGCAUAUAUACAAAUAUAUUAUAUGACUAUAAAUAUGUAUUUAAGAGCUAUUAGAUAAAUUAUGUAUGAUAUUGUACAACUGUCUUCUGGCUCUGAGUGUGAGCUCAUUGUAAUGAGAUUAAAUUUAGAAUUGCAUUUAAUUUAUGACAAGAAACUGUUAAAUGAAGUAACUUUUCUAGAAAAGUAUUGGAUUAUACGCAAAUAUUCUGUAACAGAUUGUAUAUAUUUUAAGUUUUGUCACUUGUAUAGGUAAAUGCUGUGGAAAAAAAAAAGUUACAUUUUUUUGGAGUUAGUAUGAUCAGAUUUGUGUAGGUGCCAUAAUAACUUUGCUAAGACACUAAUAGAAUAAUUUUUAAUGUGCUAUGCACAUAUUGCUGUAACUUAUUUCAAUUUUAUUUUAAUGCAUAACAUUAGAUGAUUUCUAUAGCAAGUGAAGUAUGCAGUACUUAACAAAAUGGUAAAUAUAUAAGCUGUUGUUUACAUACAAUGGAUUAUUAUGUGAUACCUCUAAAACAAAAUUGUAUUCUGUGUAGCAUUUAAAAAUUGGCCAACUUCACUUAUUGCUGAUAGCUCCUGCAGUGUUUUCUAAAAUAUAAAAUAUUUACUGUGGACUUCAGUUGCAGUGUCUUUUAAACAUUUUUAUUUUAUUGUGCAUUUUUGUUUUGAUUGAAUCAGAUUUUAUAUAAUUUUAAAAUUUAAUUUAUAAUCAAGCAAUGUUAAAUAAUUUAUUUACAAGUAAUUCCUGCAAAAAUAUCAAAUUUGAAAUAUCUCAAAUGAUACACUAACUUCUUACUAAUUUUCUCUAUAUUUUGUUUAAUAUAAUUCAAUUUUUUUUUUCAUGUGAUAUAUUUUUGAAGAAUUAAGAAAUUAUUUUUAGUAUUACUAUUACUUUUUCCUCUUUCACAAUGUAAAAUUUCAUGUGUGCAAUAAAUUAAAAAUAAAUUAGAAGUAUAAGGUUAAAAAAUUAUUCUGUAUAUUAAAUUUUUGUAUUAAGGAAUUAUUGAUAUUUGUUGCACUUAUUAAUUUUACACAAUUCUUUGUUACUGUCUGUAGCCAUGGGAGUUUCAUAGUUUCAGGGGAGGAAUGUGGUCAGCCUUUUCUUUAUCUGCUAAGUAUUUAGCUUUAGUUUAUGAAUAUAAAAAAACUACUUGUAUUCAAGUUUUGUUAUUAAUCAACAUUUCCUACAUGAAAACCAUGUAUGAAUAUGUGUAUUUAAUAAAUUAAACAAUGGUUUUCCUACAUGAUUUUAAUAAAUUAUGUAGGAAAUAAUAAAUUAAUAAAUUAUGUAGGAAAUAAUAAAUAAAUUAAACAAUGGUUUUCCUACAUGUAUUUUAAUAAAUUAAACAAUGGUUUUCCUACAUGAAAACCAUUGUUUAAUUUAUUAAACACAUUGAAAAAUCAUCUAAAUCUAUACUUAUUUAUUAGCAGUGAUGAAAGUGGUACAUGGGAGGGGGGUAAGUUUCAAAAUCCUGGUCUAUAGAUUUAUAAAGAUUUCACAUGUAAUUAUUUAAAUUUAUUGUUAACAUGUAAAGUUUUCUUCUGUAAAACAAAUAUAAUUUUGAGAACUUCAUAAAUAUAAUUACAGUUCAGCAAAAUUACUUUCUCAUUUGUUGAUGUGUUCUGGAUGCUUAUAAUGAUACUUAAUUUUGAAUAGUAAACACAUUAAUUUUGAAUAGUAAACACUAUGUGUUAACUAUGUAAUUAACCCUUUGAGUUUCAUGGCUUUUUAAAUUUGCUCUUGAAGACCUGUUUUAAACAGCUUCUAUUAGCUAAAUUUUAUAAUUAUGUAUUUUAGCCCUUGUUUCAUAAAUUUCCAUUCAUUAAGGUGAUAUUUACAUUAUUAAAGAAAGAAGGAGAGUAGAAUGUUUUAAAUUAUAAUCUAAUAUUUACCAAUUAACAAAUAAUGUCGUGACUAGUUAAAAAUGGUCACUCAAGGGUUCAGUUCAUUAAAAUUGUGUGUCACAUUUAGUAGUUAUGGUUAUGAAAUCUCUUUUUUAUAUAUAUAUAUAUAUAUAUAUAUAUAAGCAAAAGGAGUCCAAUAAUUAUAUAUAUAUUAUAUAUAAUUAUUUGGACUCCUUUUGCUUAACCUACUAGUUUCAGAAUAUGUGAUAUAUGUGUUUUAGUUACUGUGUUUAUUUGAUGUUCUAUAAAUUCUUUUAACUGUUUUUGCAUUUAUUGUUGAGCAUUUAAUAGUCUGUUAGUUCUGUGACUUUUAUUUGCAUCUGGUAUUAACUGUUAAUCACAUAAUGUAGCCAUCUUUAUCUGCAAUAUAUUUUGUGUUAAUUUGUAUUUCAAUGCAUGUUAUUUUGUUAUAAGGAUAUUUACAAGUGUAAUAUUUAAAAUAACUUGAAAACUGUUUGUGGAAGUUGUCAGUUAUACUCGAGCAUGUAAAUGUAUAGAUUCAUGUUUUUAUAUUUUAAUAUGAUAAUGUAUGUUGAUUUUUAUAAGAAAAAAUAAUUGCUGAGUAUAAUGUGACAAGUACACAGUGAGAUUGAUAACAUAAAUUUAUCUGUGGAAUAUUUGAUUCUUUUUAAUAAUAAUAAUAAUUAUUAUUUUUACUUACAUAAUGUUUUUUUUGGGGGGGGUGAUUAAGAUGUAUAACAUGAACUUUUAUGUAAAUAAGAACAAAAUUUUAUUUUUGUACUAUUUUGUUAGAAUAAUUUUUAAGAUCACAUCAUACAGUUGGAUAUGUAUUGCAAAUGAAAUAUGGUAUUUAGUCUGCUGUUUCUCCCUUUCCUUUACAAAUUGUACAUUUUGAAAAUAUAGAGGACAAAAUUUUGCAAUAUAGUAUAUCAUUUUUAAGGGAAAUGUUAAAUGGGGGAGACUGAGUAUGCUAAGAGCAUAUUAUAAACAAAUUUGCUAAAAAUGGCUAUAUUCUACAUUUUAUUACAGUUACAAUUAUUAAAUUGAAUAUGUUAUUUUUAUUUUAUUUAUUUAUUUUUUAUUUUUACUUACACAGUGUACCUGCCUUAUUAGCCAAUUCCUUUUUCAUUAAAAAUUUCUAAACGGUAUACUGGAAAGUAUGUGAGCGGUAGAAAUAUUGGGAGUAUGUACAAUAGUUGGAUUGUGAAUAAGGUUUAAAAACAAAAGUUUAGCAUGACACAUUUGAUUUAAUAACCAGUAACAUUUAUCGUAAUGUAAAUUGUUUGUGCUCUGAUUUUUGUGUGUUUAAUCCAUAUAGACUAUUUUUGUUUUUAUUCCCAGUUUAUUUGUCUAACUUGUUUAUUUAUAAUUAAUGUGAUUGGUCAUUUGUUCUAGCCAAAUGGUGUUCAUUACUUACUAUAUAUAUAUAUAUUGUAUCUUGCUUCAGGAUGGAACAUUCCUUUUUUAACUUAAAAUCUGCAUAUCCUUUGUAAUAUGUAGUAUGCUCAAUGUGAUGUAUUUUGCAUUCUGUACUAAUUAAUUUUUCCAUAUUCAAAUGAUUUGCAUCAAAUUCCUGAAUGAAGCGCAAUUUUAAAACCCUUUAAUGGGAAUUUUGAUUUAAAUUGUUAAAAAUUUAGUGUUUUAUAUUUUAAAAUAUUAUCUUCCCAUGCAUUCCAUAUUUAUUUCCUAAAUGAUAUAUAUUAAGUAUUAUUUACAGUUGCAUUAUGUUCAACUUGGAAAUGAGAGAAUACGUAUUUAUUAAAAUAAAUUAAUGCCAUGUUUUAAAGUUUCAUUUUACACUUGAAUCCUUUAUUAUUUUUAUUUUUGAUUUUUAUGCAGUUUUUAAAUUUCUGCAUUAAAUUACCUACCAUUAAAAAAAAAUUACUGGUACUUUGUAUGUUAUAUAUGUUACUGUGAAAGACCAAAAUUUGGUGAAUGUCGACAUAAAUGUCAACAUUCACAUAGUCGCUUGGUGUAUGUCUAAAAUGUUUGCCAAAUAUCCUUAUUUCUGACUUACACCUGCAAAUGUCGACAUUCACCAUGCACUAAUGGUAAAUGUUGAAUAUGUCAGAGAUUUGCAUUUUGUUCUCUGUAUUUCAGGUGGGAUAAAACUUCAUAAGGGUGAUGUAAAUUUUUCACCUGUCUUACUGAGAGGAGUAAUGAGUUCCGGUGAGGAUAGUUGUUCAUAACUCUGUAAAGGCAUUUUCACUGUGCAACACGUAGCUUUAGAUUCUAAAUGAGAAGGGCUACUCUGUAUUACUUGCCUUCUUAAUAAUGACAGCAGUUGUGUUUAGAUAAAUGUUAAGUAUUUAGUUUUAAAUUUAUCCAUUAAAGAACUUUAUUUUUUACUUUUGCAUUUAUACCAUAUAUGUGAAAUAUGAAAAUGCUUAAGUAGUAGCACAUGUAAAUAAACUUUUGAAUUUAAACAGUACAUUCUAAAUGAGAAAAAGAAAGUAAUAAUAAUAAAAAAAGAACUUAAUUAUGUGAUUGAAAUCUUAUUUAUUGCAAGAACUUUUAUGACCUUUUGAAUUUCACAAGAGUCCCUUACUUUUUACAACUGCAUUUAGUUGUGGAAAACUUCCUUUUGCAAUGACAUCGUGUAUACCCUUGCCUUCCACUUCUCAAAUUAGCUGCAGCUGCUUCUCUCAGCGACAUUUCUUGAGAAGAAAUCUUGUAUAUGGAAAGUAACUUUUCUUUACAAAUUACAAAUUGAUUACAGGUGUAAAGCUGCUUGAUAGUGCCAUUUUUAUUUGCUAGUUUAUGAAAGUCAGAGUCUUUUAUUCCAACAACUGGCAACACAUUUUGGCCAUCUGUACGACCACAGUCUAAAUCAAAGACUUGUGUUCGUAUGGUAUCACCAAUUUGAGCAGGAGGAAAAAAAAAUUUUUUAAUUUGUAGCAUUUUUGUUGCUUUGCAGUAGAUUUUCUUUCGUGAACGAUCUUUUUAUAAAAAUAAACUCAUGUUGUUCAGUCAGGGCUUGAUAUGAAGACAUGGUAGGUUGCAAGUCCUCUUCAAUAUUUUGCUUUGGAUUAUGGUUUUUGAUAUGGCCAUUGCUCAAAUUUUCUUCAAAAGUAUUAACAGUUUUUUCAAGCUGAUCUUCAGUUUCAAAAGUAUUAGCAAUUUCUUCGAGUUGUUCUUCGGUUUCAAUAAUUGCGAUUUGUUCGCCACGAAAAAAAAGACGAUGCUAUGCCUCUUCUUGGUUUAAUGCCAAAAAUGGCUUCAUAAGGAUUUUGGCAUAUUCCUUCAUGAUAUGUCAAACCAUCUGACCAUUUAUUUAUGUCAUUAUCGUUCAUCCAUGCAGUUAACAUAUUCUGUGUAUCCUGAUUAGCCUUUCAACUGAGCCUUAUGUUUGACUAUGACAAGGCUUUCCAUUAACUAUCUUAACAUCUUUCCUCAUAGCACAUAAUUUGGAUAUGACUUGGUUACUGAAUUUCCUACUUUUAUCUGAAUGCAAUAUAACAAAAGCACCAAAUGUUAAAAAUAUUUGAAGAUGAUGAUACGCUACUUCUUGAUCUGUCUUAGUUUUCAAUGAUCAUAGCUGGACAAACUUAGUUAAAUGAUCUUGAUUCACCAUUAUGACUUAUAUUCGCUAUCCCUGUGUCACUGCAGUUAUAUCAGAUUAACUUGACAUCUUGAGUUUUGUUUAUAUAAAUUUGACUACAACAUUACAACUUCAUAUGUAAUAUUUUUGUAUUUACCUUGCAAAUCUUUAAGCAUAUGUGUUCUUCCUUCGUGGCCUAUUCCAGUGAGAAUUUGAAAUAGUAUGCUGUACAAUUUAUUAUUAGUAACAUAAUACUGGAUAUUUGUUUCUCCUGGUUUUAAGGGUACAAUUAAUUUUUCUUCAUCAUUAAUUUUUAAAGCAUUUUAAUCAUCUGUAAUCCAAAAGUGUGCUGCACUUAGUUUUCGCAGAAAUAACUCCAGAAAGAAUUUUAGAGUACUUUUCUUGUGAAAAAUAAAAACAGUUGUCUUCUUGUUUACUCGCAAUCAAUGCAUUUAACUUUUCAAAGAAGAGUUCGUGAUUUACUGCAGUAUCCAUUCAAUAUAAAUUAAGGUAUCAAAUAAAAAAACAAAAUUUAAGAAAACAUUGUGCAUACCAUCAAACCUUGCAUAAGACUGACAAACAGUGUUCCAGAGUAUAACAAAUACAUGCCAAUAACUUCAAUUGCAGCAGAACGAAAGAUUUGGUGACAGACUGUCAAACCUCUAUUGACCUUGACUUCUCUUUUCAACCUCCACCACAAUGUAUCUGUGAUUGUCCGAAUGUACGAGAAUAUAAUGAAAUAUUCAGUUUUUCUCUGACAUAUUUGGUAUCUGUUGACAUUCACGGGUGAAUGUCGACAUUUCCCAAUUUCGGUCUUUCAUGGUAACAUAUAUAAAAAUUAAAACAGUACAUAUAAAAAUAUUUUAAUAUCUAUGAUUUUAUAUAUUUAUGCUAGCAAAGAAUGAUAGUCUUUCUUAUUAAAUUAUUUUUUCUAAGUUUAGUGUGUAUGUAUAUACACUGACAUUUUUUGAUUUGAAGUUAGAGGUUCCGUUGGAUAUGGCAUACAAUUCGAAAUUUAUGCAUCGUGCUUUACCAUAUGUCUCUUCUUCUUCCUCUUUUUGGGGGGGGGGUAUGAAGUAUGUAUCUGCGAAAAUUUUACAAUUGUUAAAUUAUAAUGAUGAUAACAGAUUUUGUCUUUCAUAAUUUAUCAGUUACAUGCAGACUUAGUUCAAUUUGCAUAAACUAUCGUCAAAAUGAUGCAUGCGUGCUUAUUUUUUUUAACUUAUUUUUUUUGUACUUGGAAUUUAAUUUGCAUUUUUAAAGACCUCCUGAUUAAUUUUAAAUAAUUCACCUUUACCUAUAUCAUUCCAUUUUAUGUGUUAUCAGUCUUUAUUUUCAUCUUAGAUGACUGUGGAGCACUUGAUAUCCGUAAAUUAAUAUGCAGUUUUGUGAUACUAUAUUAUUAAAUCAUAUUAUAGAGAGACUUUAUCUUAUGUAACCAGAAUAUAUACUGGGUAUUUUAAAAAUUUGUAUUUCAGCUGUGACAUUCCUCAAAUCACAAUUUAGGAAGCAUUGUACUUUUAGAAUUCUUGAAAGCUUAGAUUCAUUAACCAUUUUAUAUUUGAGCUUAGAAACUGUUUUAUAUAUGUGUACUUAUUUUUGAGACUUACAUAAGAUUUAGAAAAUUUUACACACUUUAUUUAUUGUAAGCUGUAUGUGUAUAUAUUUAUGCAUGACGUUCAUUUGCAUAAAUUUAUGUAACAAUUGUGUAAAACCUUAUUGAUAUGUCUAAAUUUAUCGAAUUAUUGUAAAUUGCAUAUAUUUUGAGCAAACAGUAUAUUUUGCUUUCGUGAAAUAGGUAACAAAUAGUUGUUACUGGAUAUGAUACAUGGAUCUGUGCAUAUGAAGAUUUGUUGCUUGUUAAUUCUUUGAAAUUUUAUUUGUUUCUUGAAACAAUUUUUUGUCUGUAGAAAUAUUUAAUUUGCAUGAACAAAAUAUAAAUAUUAAUUUUCUUUUUGAA